UCGCAACAAAUAUCGAUCAAACGACACCUAGGCAACGAAUACUGUUGAGAGUUUUUUGUACGUUCGAGGAGUCAUGUUGAAAUACACUUACGCGAAAACUUUCGUUUAAGAAACUAAGUACUUACGUCGGAUUUUUGCUUCUGUAUCGUGAGUACCAAGUUUAUAAGGACGUGGCAAAAUGCAGGAAGAGUGCGAUUUUCAAGUCACUUUGGAGAAGAAACUAUCGGUUGAAACCAGGCUCGACGCUGUAGCAAGUAGUACCAAUUUGUCUGAAACAGAAAUUAAAAAAUCGAUACCAGAAGAUUCAUCGGUGGACUUCGAAGUUCUAUCCACGUCGUCAUCCGACGUUCUCACAAAAAUUACCUUAGAAUCGUUGAAGAACGAAAGCACGUCAGAUGACCAAGCGAAUAAAUCAACCCUCGAAUCUAUACCGGAAGUCGAUAACGAGGACGACUCCAAUUGGCUGUCGUAUUUCGAUUGUAACGCGAUUUUCGAUGUAACCUGUGAAAAUCUGUCUUAUUACAAUUCGACGAAAGCUGAAAAAGACAGCGACAGCGAUAUGGAUGACACUUUGACUUUUGACGAUGCUGAAGAAGGUGAAUCUAUGACUCUGGACGAAAACGAUAGUUGUUGCACCAAGUCUUAUCGCCAGCGAUCAUUUGAAGAAGUUUGUGAAAAGAAGCUUGACGGACUUGACCAAAUGACAGAUAAUAACCACCCCACUGUAGUCUCUGAUAAAAUUUCUUUGAUUGAGAUAAAUCGCGAACGAAAUAUUUGCAAGCAGACUCAUCAAGAUAUUGCAAAUAAAAACGAUAAAAAUGGAAAUAAUAUCGACUGUGAUUCAGAAGAUCAAACGAUCGAUGAUAGAACUAAGGAAGCAAAUAUAGAAAUGGAGGAGCGUGAAAAACGUGUGGAAAAUCAGAAAGAUGAUUUUGUUCAUAUCAGUAACGAAGAACUGAUCGAAGAAGAGAACAAGAUGUCAGACAGUUUACAUUUUUUAAGCGACUGGGAUGAUGAAGACGAAGGAAAUCUGGUUUAUUCUUCGCCUAAUGUGAAUAUUUCUGCUUAUUUUAAAUUUAGAGAUAGUAUGAAAGAACCUAAAUUUGAAGCGACUUUGGAACAACCGACUUCCAUAUUUUCGAAUAAAGGAAAUAAAGAGCCAUUGCUUUUGGAAGAAAUUGUCGGAGAAUCUACCGAAAAUGAUAAAAAAGCGACAACGAAUGAAGUAGAAGAUCAAUUUACAAAAGAACCAAAAUUGGAAGAAGAUUUGGUAAAAAAUUGUACGGAAGAUAUACAUUCAAGCCAAGGAACGAAAUUCGUAGAAUUGGGUUCUCCGGAAGAAUAUUUAGAAAAAUUGGCAGAGAUCACGGAAGCAGAUUGUCCAAAAUCCGAGGAAGAAGUUCAGGAAAAGUUGAAAAAGAUCGCCGAGGGGAAAGCAAAGAUAGAAAAUCGGAAAAACGAGGCUUUGAAGGAUCUGUCUGUUGAAUUUAACGAGAUCGAAAAGCUUGUUGCAGAAACGAAAUCUAUCGAACAGUAUAAUAGCGAAUCUGACGAAAGCCUAGACGAAUCGAAGGAAGAGGAUGGCAUCGAGAUGCCUUUGACGAAAGAUCAAGUAGCUGAAAGUUUUAAGAUGAAGAAUACUCAGAAGGAUAUGCAAGACGAGGAGAAACGUCGUGCAGAAUCGUUGCAAGAAUGUCUGCAAGUUAUUCCAAGAGACCCAGAAGAAUUUAUACAGGACGAAGUUGAAGGGAAAGCGGAGGUAGAAAAUAGGAGAAACGAGAUCUUCAAGGAUUUAGCGAUGGAAUUUAAUGAGAUUGGAAACCUUUUUGUGAGAGUAAAGAAUACUGAAAGUUUUAAUAGCCAACCUAACAAAAAUCCGAACGACGGUAUCGAGAUUCCUUUGAUCGAAGAAAAUCAAGUAGCUGAAAGUUUUAAGUUCGUAGAUAACCAAAACGACGUGGAAAAUGUGGCGGAACAGUGUGCAGGAUUUUUAGAUGAGUGUCUUCAAGGUAUUCCCAAAGAAGGAGAAGCUGGAGAAGCUACUGAAGAUGAAGGUACGUCUAAAAUUGAAGAAAACGUAGGAAAUAUCGAGGGAAAAAUUGAAGAAACUUUAGAAGAUAUUGUUGAAGAAAAGCUUGUGGAAAAUUUUAAAAAUAUUUCUAAAGAAACAGUCGAACAGAAGCUUGAAGAUACUAUGGAAGAAGAAACUAUUAAAAAAAUUAUUGAAAACAAAAUUGCACAGAAUCUGGAAAAUAUUGUUGAAGAAAAAAGUGUACAAAAUGUUGAAAACAUUACUGAAGAGAAAAUUGAAACUGACGAUGCUGUCGAUAAAUCAGGAACUUCGAAAGAAACUACUGGUGAUACAAAAUCAACGUCAGAAACGGCGAUCAGAGGAAUUGUCCAAGAUAUUAUCGAAGACACAGAAGAUUCGAUUUUUUGGCAAUUCUACAAACAACCGGAGAGAACGUACAUAAAAGGAAAAGUUUACGAUUUCGACCCCAAGAAACACGGUGUCAGGAUGACAGAGGAGUUUUUGAAGAAGCACUGCAAAAUGAAUAAACUGUACCAAACUCCUCAUCUGAAUGACGUACUCUAUCUUCAUUACAAAGGUUUCUCAUUCAUCGAGAAUCUGGAGAAAUACACAGGCCUAAGAUGUCUAUGGCUGGAGAACAACGGUAUCCGUGAGAUCGCCAACCUGGAGAAUCAGAGCGAGUUGAAGUGUCUUUAUCUCCAUAACAAUUUGAUCAAUAAAAUCGAGAAUCUCGAAUGGUUGACGAAGCUAGACACUUUGAACCUCUCGUACAACACUAUACGGAGGAUCGAGAAUCUCGAUAGCCUCAAGUUCCUGAAUACUCUAAACCUGUCGCACAACUACUUACAAGAUACCAAUGACAUUGAGCACCUCCGAUUGCUGGAUAGCCUCUCGGUACUGGAUAUUUCUCACAACAGGAUAGACACCGACGAAGUCGUUAAUGUGAGUCCGUUAUGUUUCCUCAAUCCUGUGCCUCUGGCGUCACUUCGACGGCUGCUUCAGGUGUUCAUGGGACGCCAGUGAUGUAAUUUAAUGUUUUACGAA